CAAUACUGCUUCAAUAAGAAAAAAACAAAAAUGAUUAUUGAUCAGCUCUAUCAAGGUAUGAUAGCAAAGUUAACAGCUCAAGGAAAAAUAAUAGAAAUCUCAAAUCAUUUGUGGUCAUUGGAUACAAAUGAUAAAAGGGUCCUAUUUGUUUAUAAGAUUUUUGAGGAUUAUAACGCCUUUCCAAAAGUGGAAGAAGCUAAGAAAAAUGAUAACCUUUCUAUACUCUACCGUAACCUAGGCAACAUAAGCUUUCAAGAACGUAAACACCAUAAAGCUUGGCAGUAUUAUAACUUAGCUCUUUCAAAUGCAACACUGUGCUCUGAGAACUAUUGCUUAGCAUUGUCUAAUAGGUCAGCUGCCUUCUAUGAAAUGAAAAAAUACAAUGAAUGUAUUAAAGAUAUUGAAAGUGUAUUGCUAUUAGAAUAUCCCAAAAAAAUAUUAGGCAAGCUUAUGAAAAGGCGAGAAUUGUGUAAUGAGGCCUUGGCAAUUGUAAUACCCAAUGAUGAAUAUUUAUUGGAUGACAUAUUAGAAAUGAAGUGCACCAAAGAUUCAAGAUAUGUGGCUGCCGGCAACAAACUAGAAGUGGUUUACUCCGCAGAGAUGGGACGACAUGUAAUUGCAAAGGAGGAUAUAAAAGUUGGUGAAGUGCUAGCUGUAGAAGAUCCUUACUUUAGGUUAUUAUUAAAAUCUCAGCUUUUAUGUUGGUGUAGCUACUGCCUUUCUCGACAAAUGAAUCUACUACCAUGUGACAGUUGCAGCUUAGCUCUGUAUUGCAGUACUGAAUGUAAGGACAAUGCUUGGAAAGAAUAUCAUUCUGUUGAAUGUCCAUUAAUGGUGACCUUACUAGACAUGGAUUUUACAAAACUGGAAUUACUCGCCCUAAGGACUGUGAUCAAAGCACGCCAAGAUCACAAUAGUUGGGACGACCUGUUCAAAACUAUAAAUGCUGCAGAUGAAAAUUUCAAUUCUGAAUUCCGUGGACAUGUUAAAAUUAAUGGCCAAUGGGUAUAUGAUUCGAAAUAUUAUGCAUCUAUACAUACAUUGGCAACGAAUUUGGAGAAAAGAUCUGUUUCUGAUAUAUUUCAGAAAGCUGUAACAUCUGCAAUUUUUCUCAGAUUUUUGGAAAUGAACACUACAUUUUUAAAUAGUGAUUCUGAUAAAGAGAAGGAAAAGAUAAGGAACACUGUAGCAGGACUCUUGCUAUUACAUUCUAUGACCAGUCCUACGAACAUGCACGGUACUAGUACAAAUGCAAAUGAUGAAAAUGGCGAUUUUGUUGAUGAUGUUAAUAUAGCAAGUGCAGCAUAUGCAUUCUUUAGUCUCCUCAAUCACUCCUGCGCUCCCAAUGUUGUUCGCUGCAAUAAACUGGGUUCUGCAAGAAUGACUAUGUUUGCACUAAGACCUAUAAAGAAAGGAAUGCAAAUAUAUGAUAAUUAUGGCUCCCAUCAUGCCUUGGAAGAACGACUGUCGAGGCGUGCCACCCUCAAUUACCAGUACAAGUUUACAUGCAUGUGUGAAGCCUGUGUAAACGAUUGGCCCACAUAUUUCCAGUUUAUGACUGACUACAAAGUUAUACCACCUAAAUUGUUUAAUGCCAAAAUGAAAAUACUGGACCCAGAUACAUUGGACAAUCUGAAAAAAGGCUGCAUUCAGGCAGCUAUUGAAACAUAUAAACGUCUUUGUAUAAUGAUUGAGAUGUUGGAACCGCAUGCCCCUUGCAUGGAGCUCUGCGACUGUCAGGAGUCUAUGAAACAAUGCAUAAUUAUAUUUGAAGGAGUGUCAGAAACAGGAUGUACACAGUUAAUUCAAUGGAGAGAUAUGCUACCAACAAAUUUUUCUGGAACUGGUAACUCUUCUGUAAUGGAAGCAUUCAAAGCGUUGAACUUAAAUUUCUAAUGAAUAUUAAUAUAUUAGAUACUGUAAGUAUAUUAUUCAAAUUGUGUUGAUAAAUAAGGAUACUAAACUUGAAAUCAGUAGAACCAAAACUAUUAGUUGAACAAAAAAGAGCAACAGCCCCUCUAGCCAAGUGGCACGUCGAUUCUCUUUCUACAAUCGCUAACGCUUCGAAAACUAGAAAGAUGUAUGGGAAUGACAUUUCCUGUCGACACGUGUCACGUGAUCAAGAUGUGCUAUUCCCAUACAUUUCUCUAGUUUUCGUUAGCGAUCGUAGAAAGAGAAUCGACGACCACUUGGCUAGGGGGGCAGUUAUUUUAGCAUUAAGAAUAUUAUGAAAUAAUAAAUAUAAAGUAUGGAAAAUUCUCUUCAUCCCUUGUGAUAUAGCAUUCUGUCCUUCAAAGUUCCUCUCAUGUUUUUAAUAUUGUAUCAGGACUAUGUACAAGAGGACAACUGUUUUGUAUAUUGUUCAGCCAUAAUAAUUAUGCUUAGCGUUGUUGUUAAAAGACUAUUGUGUAUUUUAAAAUAUCUAUUUUUUUGUUUUUUUUUUUUUUAAAGAAUUUCUCUUUAAUUUAUUCAGAUAAAUGUAUCGCCAGAAUAUAGACAUUUAAUAUGAGCUUAUUAGCAAUUUAUUAAGAAUUAUUUUAAGUCUAAUUAUGUUACAUCAAGCUAAGUGAUAUAACUUGAACAUUGAUGUUGGGUUGCGACUGAGUUAUCUUUAUUAAGACCUUUAUAAUGUUUGUAUUUGUGUAAAUGUUUAUUUAUGUUUUGAGUUAUUGUUUUAUUGCUUGUUUUAACAUUUUUAAGUAUUUACAAUUGUGUAGCUUUGCGAGUGAAAGUAAAAAAUAUCGCCAUAUUUUCUGCCCCAAGCGCACAUACUACGAAAGCUCAAAUAUCAUCUCUCGCCGCGGACACGUACCGGCUGCAUAUCGCCUCGCCGUCCACCCGGCUAGGACGCGCUUACGGCUAGCCGGACGCUCACGACUAGAAGGACGCUCACGGCUAGCCGGACGCUCACGCCUAGUCGGACGCUUACGGCUGCAGGACUGCAGUCGUCGGUAGCAUCUGUCGCUCGUGUAAAUGAACACUAACGUCCUUUGUACAGUACGAAAGCUAGAGGAUAUUUUUUGAGUAGGUAGGUUUAUCAGUCAAAUUAAAAACUUGUCCUGUACCUCUUCUAUGCUAACGUACCACAGAACUGGAAGUCUGGCUGUGGAGUGUGUGAACUUUUUUUUAAUUUAGAUAAGCCAGUAAAUUUUUUUUUUCAAAAUAUUUUGCAUUGCAAAGUCAAAGACCUGACUAACAAUCUGGAUAAUUAUUUGUUUUCUGUUUAAAGAUUUAAUUUUAAUUUAAUCUUAAUUUAAUCUUCGAUUUUUUUCUCUCCGUAAAAAAAUCCUUCUGCUCCCCAGACAGGGCUAGUUUUUGUUGUAGCUAACAAGAGGUAAAGGACAAGCGUUUAAUAGCCCAAAUACUUAGCCGAAAACGACCACCAGCUCUCGGACAUCCGAAGUAAGGUAGGCGCUUGCUGGCAAGCGGUCGGCGAGGUAACUGCACGCGGUAAUUUGUCCGUAGGCGAGGCGUUCUCAAUAAUGGGUUUUGACCUUAAGAAUACGUGUAACGCCCCCGUAGGUUUUUCCAUUUUUCUGAUCUAUACAUUGUUGUUUAGUGUGUAUGAAGCGAAAGACGUGACGUAGUAACUGAAAAAUUAGGAUGAUUUUAUCUUGCAUUUUUACAUAAGAAUAUAUACUUAGAUCCAAGCGCACGGCAGUGAGCAAGCCAAGUUCCAGUAAUGCCUACACAAAAUGAAUGUGUUGAGACGCCAGGUGAAAAAAAAAUAGAUACACUAGUAGUAAUGGGUUCUAGAACCUAAAAUGUUUGUGCUUUUUUUGUAAAAUUCAUUAUUGUCAAUGUGGUUAUUACUUACACAAAUCUCGGCCAAGUUCCCAAUACGACGGACUGGGAGAUUUUACUUAACUGUAUACUAAAAUAAGUAUUAAUGUUUGUCUCUAGUUUCUAGCUAUAGGUAUUCGUUUUGUUAUUUCAUUAUCUAAUCAUUUAACCACUGUCAUAUAAUAUAAAAACUAUUUGAUUAUUAAUUAAAAAAAAUAAAACAAUCGUGACAA